UUGCUCCAGUUGACGGCGAGGGACGAAAGCGUAAACCUGGUUAGUGAAAGUGUUAAUUUGAUUUUGUUUAACUUUACAGGCUUUGUUACUUUUUCAGUAAUGGCGGCGAAACAGUAUGAAAAAGACGCGGCAGCCAUGACUCAAAACACUUUUCCGGUGUAUAAGGUGGAUGCCAUUGUGCAGUUCUACCGAACUGAAGUUUUGACCGGAGAAGAAGCCAAACAUUUUACAAAAAAUGAUAUCACUCCCAAUCCAAAGGCAGAAGCUAUUCAAAGACUCUACAUGAGAGUAUUGCAGCUUGUUUUUCGGUUUAAGCCCGAGUCCUUUUACACAAUGCCAUUGUCUGAAAAUCUUCAGUACCCGAUGCUCUAUGAGGGGGUUACGCCAAUCAUGAAUGUAUACAUGCGCAUGUGCCAGUUCUUACCGAUGUGUCUUGUGUAUGACUUUUCUCUGAAUGAUAUGAUUAGCCCCAAGGCAAAGCGAACAAUCACCAUACUGAGUGCAAUCCAAAAUUUCUUGAUCUUCAGAAAGGGGAGGUUGGAAGUAACUGCUGCCCACCAGCAACGUUUUAGGUCAGAUUUGGACAGACUUCAAGCAUACACAAGAGAAAUAAAAGAAGCUGAAAAGAAGAUUGAGAAACUUAGUAUCAUUCCUCCUGAGCAACAAGCAGAGGCUGAAGAGCUGGCUGCUGCCCUGACAGAGCUGACGACUAAAACACAACAUGAGUAUCAGGAUGUGAGUGCAAUGAAUGAAAAGGUUGCACAGUGCAAGACAGAAAUUGCUGAAAUAUCGCAGAAACUGAGUCAAAGGAGAGUGGAAGUGGCAACACUGAAAGAUGAGAUUGUCAAGCUCAAGUCUCAGAUUGUGGAGUCACCUGAAGAACUUCGAAAUGAGAUGGGAAGGAUGAAAGAGACUGUGAAAAACAUCAAGAUGUCAAAAGACCUGGCUGAUGAGAGGCUAGUGGAGCUCGAGAUGCAGGUGCAGUGUGCAGGUCAGGUGGAGGCAGAGAUCCAGGUUUUACUCAAACAGCUGCAGGACCUGCAGGACAGCAUGUGUCAGACCAACCAGCAGAAGGAGAAGGUCCAGGACUUAGCAGCUCUAUAUGAGGCACUACAGAAAGAGCUGAGGAAUUUAAGCACUGAGGAGGCCCAGCUGAAGAGAGCUCUAGCCAUGAAGCUUGACAAGGAAUCCAAGCAACAAAUUCGUCGACUGAAAAAGAAAGAAGUAAAAGAUCAGCAAGUCAAAAUUAUAUAUGGGUAAGUGAAGAGAGAUCUAAAAGCAAAGAGUUUU